GCGGCGGAGGGCGGGUGGCGGCGUCGCGGCUGCACCUGCCGGGGCUCGGCAGGACUGGUGGAGCCAUGCCGGCGGGCACGGCGCUGGGGCUGGACGUGCCGCUGACUGCCGCGCCCGGGCGGGACAGCGGCGGCGCGCACCGAUACACAGGGCAGUGCAGCCACGUCUUCCCCCCCCAGCUCGGCACGCUAAACAUCCUUCAUGGCAACGGCACGGCUGUGGGGACUGUAAUAACCUUCCAGUGCUCUGCUGAGUACCAGCUGGAGGGACCUGGCUUCAUCACCUGUGUUUGGAAAGGGAAUGGUACCCAGUGGACAGCCGGAGUGCCCUCCUGCCAGCCCAUAUCAAAAUAUGAGAGUUUUGGAUUUAAGGUUGCAGUGAUUGCCUCCAUCGUGAGCUGUGCCGUCAUUCUGCUGAUGUCCAUGGCUUUUUUAACUUGUUGUCUUAUCAAGUGUGUGAAGAAAAGUGAAAGGAGGAGGACUCAAAGAGAUAUGCAGCUGUGGUACCAGCUCAGAGCCGAAGAACUAGAGCACAUGCAAGCUGCUUACUUUGGGUUUAAGGGAAGAAACAAUAACAACAAUAAGAAACUCAGGAAUAAAUCCGUAUUCAAUGAUGCGGCUAAAAUGGCAUAUGAUAACCAAGGCUUCUACAGGGCGUGCAGGGCAAGCACAGCAGGAUCCUCACCCAGCCCAGCCCCUGGGGGAUUCUGGGGAAAUGUCCACGCUGAGAUGAAGUGUGCGUUGAUGGUGGCUGAUGCAGGCAUUUUUGGGUUCCAGGAGGAGUGGACUCGGGACAUCAUAGCUCCUGGGUGUUGCAAAGACAACAAUCAUCUGCCUAAGUUGACCAAGAGCAGUAGUACACUGAUGAAACAGGCUGUAUCGGGACACAACACUGCAGUACAGACAGUGAGCUCAAUACUUCUCGUUGAAGUCCAUGGACAUAAGGACAGUUUUAACAAACUGAGCUGCCAGAUACCUGCUGCUGUCUGAUACACAACUGCUCCUUUGCACCCAAAUGAAAUUUGGAUAGAAAUAUGUGCCUUAAAGACAACAUAGAGAGUUAAUUAUUCAUAUGAAUUUGAAAGUUUUCUAUAUUCCAAGAUGGUUAUUUAAUAAAAAUGCUUCAAGUUAUGAAAAAAAUGAA